AUGCCCAAUCAAAACUGCCGUUACGGGCAAUCCACCGAGCCUAAAGGCGACAGAAUCAUAGUGGUGCGAUUCAAUCUACAAGGCUCCUUCUUGCAGAUGCAGAUACAGUUUUCAGACAAGAGAUUUCAUUCAAAGGAGGCUGAGAACCUGGCUCGUAUGCUACAGGGCAUCCUCCAACAGUUACACAACAUCUCGAGCAAAUCUACACUGUUAACGGAACUGAACCUGAUCAGUCAGCAAGAUCUCAGAGAAUUGUGGAACAGAAAUUCGACUGUUCCCCCAGCAUCUGAAAAUCUCGUGCAUAGUUUGGUCCACCAAAUCGCCCAGUACCACCCAGAUUUCCCUGCGGUGUGCGCAUGGGAUGGAUCUCUCACAUACAAAGAGCUGGUUGACCUGUCAACACGCCUGGCGCUUGGUCUAGCCCGAAAAGGGGUGGGUAGAGGCGUGGUUGUGCCCCUAUAUUUCGAAAAGUCUUUAUGGAUGCCAGUUGCACUUUUGGCGGUCCUCAAGGCUGGCGGAGUCUUUCUUCAACUGGCAAAUUCAAUACCCAAGGGCAGAAUUGAGGCUAUAUUGAAUACUGCGAACUCACCAUUUGCGUUGGUUGGAAAAUCCACACCAGCUUGGAUGGGAGACAUUGUGCCCACGCACACAGCCGAGGACGUAAUGCUAUUGGCGGAGUCCACUGACUCGCCUUUACCACAGUGUUCAGAAAACCAGGACGCUGUUCAACUAUUUACAUCCGGAAGUACUGGCACACCUAAAGGCAUUGUUUGGACACAUACUGUGCUUGCCACAAACUGUGAGGAGAUAAUGAGGAAACUGUCAUUUGGGCCAGGGAUUCGGCAGUUCCAGACAGCGUCGUACGAAUUUGAUGUCAGUAUGAUGGAAUCUAUUGCUAUUUUAAUUUCUGGCGGAUGUCUUUGUAUUCCGCAAGAGAACGACGGUGUGCAUUGUUCUCCUCAAGCCCUUGAGGCACUACAGGCAAACUCGGUCUAUCUCACACCUACGUUGGCUCGAAAACUCGAUCCUGACAGUGUCCCUAGCCUGAAAUACCUGGCGCUUGAGGGAGAGGUCUUACCCAAAGAUAUUGUGUCUAAGUUUGAUAGGAGAUUGACCAUGUAUAACUUCUACGGUCCGGCGGAAUGCCCCCUCGUGUCCGCAUGCACAAUCGACCCGGAUUCCUUCGAAACCGGGCUUGCUGGGGUAACUUCCGUCUGCCUUCGGUGGAUAGUGGAUCCGCACAAUCACAACAAUCUUCUACCCGAUGGGGCUAUUGGGGAGUUACUCGUGGAGGGCCCGAUUCUCAUGGAUCGCUAUAUUUGUGGUGACCCCGAUGUAGCAGCUUUUGUGACACCAAUAUGGCUGCGCCAGGGCUUUGCUCAAUUUUCAGGACGCCAAGGGCGAUUAUUCAAGACAGGGGACCUGGUCCGGUGUAAGCCGGAUGGCAGCCUGGUCAUACUAGGCCGCAAGGACACGCAGGUUCAGAUCGGCGGCGAACGGGUGGAAUUGACUGAGGUCGAACAUCAUGUGCGCAAAUUCCUGCAAGGCAGGGCUGGUGUUGUUGCCGAGAUGAUCACUCCAAUUGCCAGUCUGAAACCAGUACUUGCCGCUUUCAUUGCAAUUCGUGACGAGAUUAACCUCCCUUUAGGCGCCAGCCUCCAAGUUCUCACUGCCGGCAUAAAUGAGAAACUGGCGCAGUAUGUCCCGCGUACAUUUAUCCCUGAGGAGCGUGUUAACCUGAAGGUCUGCGAGCUGAAACGGUCCGUAAACUGGGCGUUAUUUGAUAAGGAGAAGAUAUUGGACGUCCUGAAAGCAUACAUCGAAUGGGCCGAGCGAUUACGCCAAGCAAUGUCAUUCGUUUUGCUGGCUCUAUCCGCGUGUAAAGAGACCGCCUUGGAAGAAUUCCAGAAGAGCAGGUGA